UCAUCAGUCCAAUUUUCACCUCUAUCUCUCCAAAUUGAAAAGUGGGCCGGGUCGUACGAUAUAUGUCUCUCCAGGUCGGCUAGAUAGCCAAUGCAUAUUCCGAUUCGCCACACAUUUCAGGGGUUAACGCGCUGGGGUUUAUAGUAGGGUUUCUCAAGAAAUUAUUGAUCUUUGCCUCUUUCCCUAAAUCCUGAUGUAAUUCUUGUAAUGGCAAAUGCUCUAUUUCGUAGCCUGCGAAGAGUUUCUCCACUUUUGAAUACAAUUCUUCCCCUUUCCUCCUCCUCCUCCUCCUCCAGGUUUUUCUUAAAUGAAGUGCCAAUUUUUUGUCCAUUAAAACCCAUUGUUACUCCAAACCCGACAACCCCUUCAUGGGUUUCGAGGCAUUUGAGCCAUGGCACCGUAAACCUGGUGAUAUCCCAAGGAAAACCCAAGUUUGAAACUCAUCAAGUUGACCCUCCAAAGAAGGAGAAAUGGAAGACUAAAAAAAGGUUCAAGUUGCAGAAGAAGAGAGAGAAAGAGAAGAGGAAAGCUGCCAAUAGGAGAGACCCACGUCGACUCGGUCUCACUGGGAAGAAGAAGAAGAAGUUUGCUGAUGCAGAGGAGAGGAUCAAGUACAAGCUUGAGAAGGCCAAAAUAAAGGAAGCCUUACUUCUUGAAAGACUGAAGCACUAUGAAGUUCCCAAACUUCAGGGACCGGUGGUGAAACCACAUGAUCUGACAGGUGAAGAACGAUUCUAUAUGAAAAAAAUGGCCCAGAAAAGGUCCAACUAUGUGCCAGUUGGCAGAAGAGGAAUAUUUGGUGGGGUUAUUCUUAAUAUGCAUAUGCAUUGGAAGAAACACGAAACAGUUAAGGUCAUUUGCAAGCCUUGUAAGCCCAGCCAAGUACAUGUGUAUGCAGAUGAAAUUGCCAGACUGAGUGGUGGAAUCCCAGUUCAAAUAAUUGGUGAUGACACCAUAGUAUUCUAUCGAGGGAAGAACUAUGUGCAGCCAGAAGUUAUGUCUCCGAUAGAUACAUUGUCCAAGAAAAAGGCGCUUGAAAAAUCAAAGUACGAGCAAUCACUUGAGUCAGUGAGACGCUUCAUUGCUAUUGCAGAGAAGGAAUUGGAGCUGUACUACAGACACAUUGCACUCUAUGGUGAUCCAAAUAAUAGGAAUCCCAUUUCAAUUUUGGAUAGUCCAACCAAAGACACCCGGGAAUCUAGGAAACUUAAGAUGCUUGAAAGAGAGAGUAAUGAUUUGACUCCUACAGGCUUCUCUUCACCUAUUUCAGAUAAGGAAGCUGAUUGCAUAGAUGAAGAGCUAUCAGAAACUGAAGAUGACUUAAAAGAUGAGGACUUAUCGAUGAGAGAAUCAGAUUCUGAAGAUAAAGUUUCUUAUUUUGAUGAACAAAGUGAAGGAAGCUCAUCUACGUUGCAUGAGAAUGAUGAAGAGGAUUUCUCUAUAAGUGACUCGUAUUCUGAAGACGAUGUUCCUUAUUGUGAUGAAGAUGGUGACGAAAGUUCUUUGGGGUCAAAAGGAAGUUCCUAUACAGAAUUGGAUUCAUCAUUGAUGUUUGAUAAAAGAUGUGAUUCUGAAAAAUUCCUAACAGAACAAGUAAAUGUGAAACUUUAAUAAAUUCAUAUUUUCAAAAUUAUGUUCCCCUUUUGUUUGGUAAAGCUAAAAGGCAGGCCUGAUCUUUUAAACAAAAUUAUAAAAAGAAAGAACAUAUGGUAGGACCACAGAUUAGAAAAGUGGAUGAAAUAAAGUGCAUACCUAAUACCUUCCCUUCAAAGGCAGGAUAAUUAGGAGUUCAAAUCCCAACAUCCAAGCAGCUUAGUCAUAGCUUUCAUUAUUCAAUUUUCCAUUUAACAAUGCACA